CAGGACCGUUACAUUAAUGAGGAUUUCCAAUCACUAUUCAUAAAAGUUUGGGACUAAAGCAAGAAAGGGCACAGGCAUUUAGAAACGUGUUGAGUAAAAAUAACCGUUAAAAUAUUAAAAACUACGAAUGUACUUUCUUAAUAUAUAAUACAAGGUACUAUUUUAUUCAUUUUUUGGGGGGACGCUGCAUCAGCAAAUAUGCCACAAAAUCAAAAGCAUAUCUUUUUAUAUGCUAAGGGAACAUUUUGCAGCGGGUAAAAAACCUUGAACCCCUGAUUCUCACCACUGAAAAAUAAGUGCCAAGAGAAGUUUGCUUCAGAAUCUCAAGUUUCCUUUUUUAACAGUUCUAUUAAUUAUUGUUUCCAUUAUAUCAUUUUGCUUUUGCUCCAAACAUCUAUCCGAAAACAGCAGGAAGAAGACAUCUCCAGAUAGCCCCCUGAACCGAGCAAGUCAAGGUGAGACGGAAAAUGAACUCCUGCAAGUGGUACCAGAGAACAAUUCGGAGUCCGAAGCUGUUCCACUCGGUUCUGCUGCUCGUGCUGCUGCAGUCAGGAGCUCUGGGGGCGAGGAAGAUGCGAGGCAGCCGCGCGCAGCCACGACGGGCACAGCCGUCCCCGCAGUACAGGGAGCGGGGCGAGGCGACCGAGAGCUUUCCCUUGGACUUCACCGCGGUCGAAGGGAACAUGGACAAUUUCAUGACCCAAGUGAAGAACCUCGCGCAGUCCCUCUACCCGUGCUCUGCGCAGAAACUCGACUACGACAUGAAGCUGCGCUUUUUGGAGAAUACGUCGGUCACGUGCAACGAUGGAACCCCGGCGGGGUACUACAUAAAGGAGUCCAAGGGAAGCCGGAGAUGGCUGGUAUUCCUGGAAGGGGGCUGGUACUGCUUCAGCAAGGAGAACUGUGACGGCCGCUACGAGACCAUGAGGAGGCUAAUGAGCUCGUCCAAGUGGCCACAGACCAAGACAGGUACCGGAAUUCUGUCUCCACAACCUGAAGAAAACCCUCACUGGUGGAACGCCAACAUGGUCUUCAUUCCUUACUGUUCCAGUGAUGUGUGGAGUGGAGCCUCUGCCAAGUCUGAGAAAAAUGAAUAUGCCUUCAUGGGGACUUUGAUCAUUAAGGAGGUGGUGAAAGAACUUUUGACCAAAGGACUGGAAAAUGCAAAAGUGCUGCUGCUGGCUGGGAGCAGUGCUGGUGGGACGGGGGUACUGCUGAAUGUGGACCAGGUGGCGGAGCAGCUGGUGGAGUUGGGGCACACAGCCAUCCAGGUGAGAGGGCUCUCCGACUCGGGCUGGUUCCUGGACAACAAACAAUACAGAGGCACCGACUGUGUGGACACCAUCAGCUGUGCCCCGACCGAGGCCAUCAAGAGAGGGAUAAAGUACUGGAGUGGUGUGGUCCCAGAGCGCUGUAGACUGGCCCAUGAGGGGGAGGAGUGGAACUGCUUCUUUGGAUAUAAAGUUUACCCCACACUGAAGAGCCCGGUGUUUGUGGUGCAGUGGCUGUUCGAUGAGGCCCAGCUCACGGUGGAUAACAUCCAUCUAACCGGUCAGCCGGUGCAGGAGAGUCAGUGGCGCUAUAUCCAGAACCUGGGCAGUGAGCUGAGGAACACGCUGAAGGAUGUCCCGGCCAUGUUUGCUCCUGCCUGCUUAUCACAUGAAGUGAUCACCAGAAACUACUGGUUGGACAUCCAGGUGAAGGGCACCUCCCUGCCCAGGGCCCUGCAGUGCUGGGACCGCAGUCUCCACGACAACAGCAAGAACAACAAGGCCCCGCCCAAGGGCUGCCCCGUGCACCUGAUUGACAGCUGCCCCUGGCCGCACUGCAACCCCACCUGCCCCACCAUCCGGGACCAGCUGACGGGCCAGGAGAUGAACGUGAUCCAGUUCCUCAUGCACAUGGGCUUCGACGUGCAGAAGAUGGCCCAGCAGCAGGGCAUGGAGCCCAGCAAGCUACUGGGCAUGCUCAGUAGCGGCAGUUAAAAACGGCUGGCAAGCCAGGCACUCUCCCUGUUUCUCUUUCUCUCUUCCUGUCUUUCUGUCUCUGUCUUUAUCUAUCUCUCUAUCUCUUCCUGUUUCUCUCUCUGUGUCUACUUCUCUCUCUCUCUCUCUCUCUCUGGCUCUCUCUCCAUCUUGAGUUCUUACACACUCUCCUAUGUUGGACACACCCCUUCACCUCCCUUCACAUGCUUCGGGUUAUUUUUUCCCCUGAAGGACGUUCACAGGAAAAAUGGCCGUUUUCUUCUGGAGACAAGGAGCAGGGACAGAACAUCGUGUUUUAUGUUUUUUUUUUUUUUCAGGAAUGUUCCGUCCGUGUGAGCUCAGCGGUAAUCCUCCUCCUGUCCUCUGGGUGUCGCUGUAAUCACUGCUCUGUGGUGAAUUAUGACAGAACCUUUUCGUGGUGAUGUGAUGAAAAAUAAGUGCCCCUCUCCCCACCAUGUUCCCACCCCUUCCUUCCUGCCCCCUGUUGCUAUUGCCCUGUUCUACUCCUUUGGCCCCUCCCUGUUGUGGUAGCCACACCCCCCUGUUCUGAUUGCCCGCCUUUUUUCCUUCGACAACCUUGCGAGGACGGCUAUGACUGGGCAACAUCAAAGAGAGAGUCACCAUGGCAACACGACAAAAAGGCACAACCCUCCGCAACUUCUUUUUUUUCCUCCUAUGAUUUAUCUUUUGGUUGUAAAAGAAAAAACUAAGGAAUGUAAUCCCGUUUUAAGGAUUCUCGUUUUGCAUUUUUUUUUUUUUGUUUGUGGUUUGGUUUUGUUUUGCUUUUGUUUUUUUGUUUUGUUUUAAAUCUGGGUCAUCUGGUCAAAAAAGCCAAGGACUCAAUGAUCUUAAUAUGGUGUAUUCUCUGUGUAAUUUCAACAUGUGCAUAAAUAUAAAUGUAGUGUAAAUGUAUGCAGAAGCUGCCGGAUGUCUGCCGGGUGAAAGCUGGCUUUGUCAUUACCCAGCUGGCCAUGUUCAUCUCUCUCUGUGACGGAGGACACACAGACAAGCACUGGCUCCUGCAGCCUCGCUACGAACUGCGA